AUGUCAUCAUCCCCUGAGAAUUCUCCAUCAGAAUAUUCCCCACCAGCUUCAUCAUCAUCAUCACCAUCAUCAUCAUCACCAUCACCAUCACCACCACCACCAUCAAAAAGCUCCCCACCCCCGCCACCACCAACAACGCCACCGCCAUCCUCGCCACCUCCACCAAAACUUUCAUCACCACCCCCACCUGCACCUAUUAAUAAAAGUCCUGUACGCCAUCCUCCUCCGCCUCCUCCCUUGACUUCUUUUCGUCAUCCUCCUCCCCCUCCACCCAUUAAAAGUAGUACCGACCACUCUCCACCACCUCCUACCAAAAGUGGUAGUUCCAAGUCAAACAAUUCUCACAAGUCAUCACCAUCAACUCCGUCAAAUGAUAACUCAGGAAUUGUCUUUAUUGGAGUAGCUGUGGGGGCAGGAUUAUUUCUCCUUGUUUUUGUCACUCUUUUAGUAAUAUGCUGUCGAAGAAGAAAGAAGAAAAGCAAUCAGAAAAUCCAGUACUAUCAACCUAGAGAAGCUAAAGCUGGUGGAGGUGAUCAGUAUUAUAACUCCUCAAUGAAUCGUCAAUGGGGGGUGGAUGGUGUUAAAACAACCCCAUCACCUGGAGGUGGAUGGGGUACACCAACCCCAGUGCCACCUGCUGGUGCUGUUGGUGGUGGAGGUGGAUGGGGUGCACAAUCCUCAAUACCAGGACAAGUUUUGAGCGGUGAAGUAAGCUCCAUGUCCUCAGGCCCACAACAUACUCCUUUGCCACCUCCAUCACCAAAUAUUGGUCUUGGAGUAAACACUGGCGCUUUCACUUAUGAGGAACUGUCAACUGCUACUGGAGGAUUUUCUCAAGCCAAUUUGCUCGGCCAAGGUGGGUUCGGAUACGUGCAUAAAGGUGUGUUACCAAAUGGAAAGGAGAUUGCAGUUAAGAGUUUAAAAACUGGUAGUGGACAAGGAGAAAGAGAAUUCCAGGCAGAAGUUGAAAUAAUUAGCCGUGUCCAUCAUCGCUACCUCGUGUCAUUAGUCGGAUAUUGCAUUGCCAGACAGCAACGGAUGUUAGUCUAUGAAUUUCUUCCAAAUAAAACCUUAGAAUAUCAUCUCCAUGAAAAGAACCUACCAGUCAUGGAUUUUCCCACUAGACUUCGUAUUGCAUUAGGUUCUGCUAAAGGGCUUGCUUAUCUUCAUGAAGAUUGCCAUCCUCGCAUUAUUCAUCGUGAUAUCAAAUCAGCUAAUAUUCUCCUUGACUACAACUUUGAAGCUAAGGUGGCUGAUUUUGGAUUGGCUAAGUUGUCUACUGAUAACCACACCCAUGUCUCAACUCGUGUGAUGGGAACAUUCGGGUACUUGGCUCCGGAAUACGCAUCAAGCGGCAAGCUGACUGAGAAAUCCGAUGUUUACUCAUUUGGGGUUAUGUUGCUAGAACUCAUAACCGGAAAGCAACCUGUCGAUCCAACUAGUGCAAUGGAAGAUAGCUUAGUAGAUUGGGCUCGACCACUUUUGACUCGUGGACUAGAGGAUGGAAACAUUGGUCCCUUGGUUGAUCCAGGUUUGGAGAAUAACUACAACCAGGAAGAAAUGAAACGCAUGGUAGCCUGCGCCGCAGCUAGCAUCAGACAUUCAGCUCGAAAGCGCCCUAAAAUGAGUCAGAUUGUACGUACCUUGGAAGGAAACUCUUCAUUGGAUGACCUAAAUGAGGGUGUAAAGCCAGGCCAUAGCUCAAUCUAUGCCUUGGGGGGAACCACAGAUUAUAGCAAAAGUUCAUAUGAUGCUGAUAUGAAGAAGUUUAGAGAAUUAGCAUUAUCAAGCCAAGAUAUGAGUGAGAGCAACCCUUAA